AUGUCUCAAGGAUCCAUGUCCUCACACUCUUCUCAGUCUGCCACCAGCAAGGCUCCCGUUGUCGCGGUCGACACGGGAUCCUCCUUUAGCCAGGACCUCCAGCCUGCCCGGCCCAGUUUAGGGGUUAGCUCCAGAACCCGCUCUAGGCGCAACUUGGUGGUGAAGGAGCUCAACUGGACCACCUCUGAGUCCAGUAAGGCGGAUGGGACCUCGGGCCUCCCGCUGGACCCUGCUGCUGAAGCCCUCGAGGGGAGCCCCGAGGAGGCUGAGCAGGAGGCUGAAGCUUCCGUGGAGGUGAUCGAGCCUCCAGCUGUAGUCCUGGCCUAUAUGGCUGCCAACAUCCCCAGGUUUAUCAAGCGUUCCACUAAGUACGAGGAUCUGUUCGGGGAAGCCUCCGAUUCUCAGGCUCCCCUUCCUGUCAAGCCACUUUCCCAGCUCCCUUCUCCUUCUCUGGAGCAGAAGAAGACCUCCUCCGGGGGUCGCAAGCGGGACCCCUCCAAGGCUGCCGAGGCGGGGUCUUCAGCUGAAGGCCGUACAAGCAAGAAGCCCAGGUUAACCCUGGCCCGCAGCUCUCCCGCUUCCUCCUCUUCUCAAAAGACUCAGCUCUUUCAGCGAAUGCUCUCUGACCAGGUUCCCGAGGCUACCGUUCGGGAGUGGGACAGGCUUUCAAUAGCCGAGGCCACCCAUGACAAGGUGGUGGCCAACGCUAAGAGCUUGUUCCUCGAUCUGAAGAUGGGGGAGCAUGUUGCUGACACAGCCCGGGUCAAUGAGAAGAUGAGGGCGGAUUUGAAGCAGGCUAAGGCGGACCUGGCUUCCGCUGUCAAAGACAGAGAUCUUGUGCGGAAGGCCAACCAGGAGCUGAAGGAGGCUGAAGCCAAAGCCCGUGAGGAGAGGAGGAAGGAGGACGCCGUGAGGCGUUCCUUGGAGGAGGAGACAGACGGCCUUGGGAAGAUGGUGAAGAGGUUGGAGGGCCAGGUGAAGGAGUUGCAGGAGGCUGCAGUCGCCGCGAGGGCGACGAGGAAGGAGCGGGAGGCCGCCGUCUUCGAGGCAGGGGUUGCCGCAGGGGUCAAAGAUUGCGUUAAGUCCGCCUAUCGCUUCUUCCCCGACAAUGAUUGGGCCAAGCUGGGACCCGAUGCUGCGGUGGCCUUAGAGGAAGCAAAGGCCGAGGACGAAGCUGGUCUGAAUAAGGUCUUGGCGACCUCCCAGGGUCUCUCCGAGGACGGUGCCGAAAGGAGAACUGUAGCCGAAGACGAGCCGAAACCUGCAGAGUUAAUUCCUGUAGGUCUUGAGGUGACGCCCCCGGAGGGGGUUCCGGCUGCAGCUCCUGCAGUAACCCAGGCUUCCAAGGAUCCUCCUGCUGGCGAUGAAAAGGAUUCCUCCUCUCCCGUUGCUCCUUGA